AUGUGUAGAAUGCUUUUUUUCGGAGAAAAUAUCCCAAGCCGAAGUUUUCCCUCAACUUUCACCCAAAAACUUAAGCUAGUGGAUGAAGUCGAUUCUGACAUCAACAAAAUGACAGCAAGAUAUCAUGGUCCUCUACAAUUCAAAAUUACCUUAAUAGGUAUAGUCUAUCUGAGUUGCUCGUUAGCUGCGGCAGAAAUGGAAAUGGAUGAUACAGAAGAAUUUACGCGCCCUAAUAUUGUUGCGGCGGGUUCCAAGACAUUUCACUGGCUAUGCACCUUAUUAUUAUUACUUAUUCUCCCCUCAAUUUCAACAUGUUUAACUUUUGCGGGAAAGUUGUACUCGUCUGUAUUUUUACAGAUUAUCUCUACGGGCUAUGCUGUUGUUGAAGCCCUGGUUUUGAGAUUCCCUGAUGGUGAUGGGCACGAAAACAGAACAUCAAGAGGUACUGCAUGGUUUUUAGCGGGAUUAUUGGUGGCAACUGUUUUUUUUGGAAGUUUGGCAAGUGGAACAGGUGCUUUGGUUCAAAAUAAGAAACUUCAAUCCUUUAUUUCUCACACUGGUGAGAAAACGUUAAAUAUAAUUCACCGAACACUAUCAUUUGCGGUUAUACUUACUGGGUGGGUAAAAGUCUGCCUAGCUCCUGUCGCAUUAUUCGGUUUCUGCAGAGGCAAACAUACGGGCCAAUGUAUCGCUCAUGGUGUCAUGGGUUCGUCCUUUGUGUUGUAUGGAUUUGUUUACGCUCUUGUGCUGGUAAUACCUUGGAUUCGGAAUUCUCAGAGUAGUUUCACUCAAGACCAUAUCGAUAGUUGGGUUAUUUGUAUAUGGGGGAUAGUGAACACAUUCACUGAACACAGGUGGGGAAGAGAAGGCUGGGGUCAUGGCGAUUACCAGCACACCGCAAUGGGCAUUAUAUGGUGGGCAGGUGGUCUUUUAGGAAUAUUUCUCUCGAGAGGGGGCAGGAGAACAUUUGUGCCAAGCUUGCUCAUAAUAUUCACCGGUUGGGCAAUGUCUGAGCACACUCAACACUUACUGAUAAGUACAAAGGUCCAUGCAUUAUUUGGACUUGUACUAAUGAGUGGAGGAGCUUUGAGAAUCGUGGAGAUUUCAUUUCUCUUGCGAGACCAAAGAACUGAUACUGUCAUUCAUUCUUUCCAGUAUUUGGCCCCCUUUUGUCUGGUAUGCUCGGGUAUACUUUUCAUGGGUGCGAAUGAAGAACAACUAGAGCUAGUUUUGCGCUUAGGGGCAGACCAUAGUGCAUAUAUACUGGUGGUGAUAUCGGGUGCAUUCCUAGUGUAUUUGUGGAUGCUACUGUGUCUUGAAUUUUAUUUGAAACUUGUGAACACACAAGAGCGACUAUCGAUAGGGGACUACUCUCUUGUAAAUAGAAACAGAGCGGUGUCAGAAUUUGAGCUCGAUAACGUUGAUGAACUUGAUGAAAACGAGGAAAUUGAGGUGUAA